AUGAUUCCCUCCAUCACCCAAGCGCAUAAACAAAUGAGAGAAAGUGGCAUUUCCUUUUAGACUAAGCUCUAACAUUCACUCAGAUUGUCCGAGCAAUACCAUGCAACUGUACACUUAAAAAGAGAGGAUCAAUAAUUAACAAGAGUAUUCAAAAUGAGAAGUGCCUUCACAUCUCUACAAUCUCUUACAAAAGAGUAAAAAGAAAAGGGAGUAGUAACAGUGAGUGAUGGUAACUUUGCUUAAGCAUUUGCCUUCUUCUGUAAUCACUUCAAGAUUAAAGGUAUAAUAGUACGUCAUUAUGCAAAGGUAUGAUUUUUGUCCCUGAAGUCUGUUAUGGAUGGAAAAUUGAUUUGAUACAAAAAAAUGGUAAGCAAUUCGUAGAAGUCAAAACAGCAGGAGAAAAUUUCGAUGAAUGUGAAGAGGCAGCAAAAAAAUACAUCAAGGAAAAUGAUAAAAUACUUAUCCAUCCAAGUGACAACAUCAAAGCCAUACAUGGUUGUGGUACAAUUGUACUAUUAUAAUUCAACAUAAGGGAAUUGAAAUUCUUGAUGAGAUGAAAGGAGAUUUGGAUUACGUAUUUUUGCCUGUUGGACAAGGAGCACUUGCUGCAGGAAUUGCCACUUAUAUCAAAGCCAUGAGUCCAAAUACCAAGGUAAUUGGAGUCUAACCAGAUGGAGCUGAUUCCAUGAUUCAAGCAUUCUAAGCAAAAAGAGUUGUGAAAUAGGAACACUUCUCUAGAUUUUGUGAGGGGUCUGCUGUUCCAUCAGUGCCUAAAUUAUGUCUAGAUAUUUGUAUGGAGAAGCUUGAUCAAUUGGUUAAGGUAGAGGAAGGUAGAGUCAGUACUACAAUCUUACAAUUAUAUAAUCAAGGAAUUGCAGUUGAACCUGCUGGUGUAAUAUUAUCAUUAAUUACAUUAGGCACUCUCUGUAUCUGUUCUUGAUCAAUUUGCUCAUGAAAUCAAAGGCAAAAAUGUAGUUUGCAUUCUCAGUGGUGGCACUGUUGAUUUGUCAAGAUUUGAUGAAUUCAAAGAGCAUUCGCAAUUGCAUGAAGGCUUGAAGUAUUUCUUCUUGAUUGAAAUGCCCUUUAAAUCUGGUAUUCUCAAGAACUUUGUUAGUUUGUAUUUGAUCCUCGUUAUUUCAUAGCUGUCUCGGUCCUGAUGAUGAUAUCACUCACAUCUAAUUCCAAAAGAAGGCCAAUCGAGAGAGAGGUCCAUGUUUAGUAGCCAUCGAAGUUGCUAAGAAGGACAGUAUCAAACAAGUCAUGGAAAAUAUGAGGAAGAUGCACUUGUAAUUUAAAUUAGUGAAUGAUUCAAAGGAACUAUAUGAUUUGCUUGUUUGAAG